GUUUCGAAGAAACACAAGAGAAACAUCUCAAUCCUCACCUUACUUUCCACGAAAUUCCUCUUUGCACCCUAAAUUUAAGUGAAUUCGUUUCCAACAUCUUCCGUCACCAACAUUCAAGAUUGUAGUCACAGACACUGCAAAAAUCUUGACAUUAUUGUAAUCCAUGUUAUAGCAUUGGCACUGUAAUUCAGAUUACAGUCACAGACAUUGUUAAGCAUCUCAAGAAUCUUCAUACCACAGCAGAAACUGUAGUUGCAGGCACUUCAAAAAUCUUGAGACUGUUACAGUCAAAUUUCCAGUAACAGACACUAUCAAAAUUCCAUGAGUGCUUCAUCAUCACUUCACCUUCUUCCUCUCACAACUUCUUCAUUCGAUGAAUCACUCCAAAAGCUUAAACGCUUGUUACCCUUCUUCGGAUUCAUCAACAUGACGAUCAGCAGCGUGGUAACAAUCUACAGCGCGCACAGAAACAACGACACUCCCACCAUCGUAUUCGUGGCUUUCGUCUACUUCGGAUCCUUCUUCUUGGACUAUUGCUUCCGCUUGUACCACACUCUUCCCCCAUCUUCACCAUCUUCUCACAACAUUAAAAUCGUGAUCUGGGUUUUGAUCAGUUCCAUCAUGUUGGGGUUUGCGUUCGAGUUUUCAACUUUCAUGGGCUUUCUUGAGUCUGUGUUCUUCUUCGCCCUUGUGAUCGGUGGCAACUCGUAUCUGUUCUGUGUCUACUUCAUUUGGGAGAGUGAGAAGAAUGGUGGUAGUGCUUGCAACAGUGAUGAUUGUUGUGAGCGUAAACCAUUGACAGAGGCUAAGGUUGUCGAUGAAGUGUGAUAAAGGUACCAGGUUGAAGCAAUGUCUCUGUUUUGGUCUGAAUAAAUUUGUUUAUAACGAAAAUAAGUGUAUACCGUGUUAUCAACUUGUUGGUUUUUGUAUUAAAUAAAGAAGAUAAGGGAAAUAUUUUGAUACUUUAUAAAUAGUAUUAAUAUAAAUACAAGAUUAUAUUUUUGUCCUUUAA